ACGCUUGAACGUAUAGCCUUACUUAAGCACUUCAAUACCUACCAUAUCAAAUAUCAGGGUAUUCCUAACAUGGAAACCAUGUGAUGAAUUGUGUGUGUGCUAAAUUUGGAUACUAUCGUGUUUAACUCGCCAGCCACGUGGAAUAUGAUUGUAUGAUAGAUUUUCACUUGAUUAAAUUAAGUGUGACAAUCCUAUUCAAAGAAAAAAAAACAUCCCGCCCCAACCCUUAUCUCCAGCCAGGGUAGAAAAGGAUGUCUGCCUGGCAGCUGAUCACCGCGGGCUUUCUGCUCCAUGUCGCUUGGAUGAUCGCCGUGUUUGACAUUUACUUCAUGACCACAAUUCUGCCACUCUCCGCCAAGCACAGCUCACCGAUCCCGCCGCCCGCCAAGCGCGUCGUCUACAUUGUGGCAGACGGCCUCCGGGCGGAUAAGAUGCUUAUGCUGCAGCCAGAUGGCUCGACGCCAGCACCAUUUAUUAGAUCUGUGUGUGAGGAGAAAGGCUCAUGGGGCGUCUCCUGGACCGGUAUGCCUUCUGCCACCCGCCCUGGACACGUUGCCAUGACCGCAGGAUUCUUCGAGGACCCAACCUCCGUCGCAAAAGACAUCAGCGGCGGUGCUAUCGAUUUUGACACGGUGUUCGCGGAGACACGAUACACGUGGACCUGGGACACACCCAAGUUCCUUAAUAAGGUCGCAGACUAUCACCCGGAGAGGAUAUUCUCUGAGCAGUUCCCCAGCGAGCAGAAGUACUUGGCUGGUAUCGACCCAAAAGACAUGGAUAGCUGGGUGUUCGAUGAAGUCAAGAAAUUCAUGGAUCAGGCGAAGACGGACGAGGAUCUCCGCAAAAAGUUGGACCAGGACAAGCUUCUCUUCUUCCUCCACCUGGGCGGCAUCGACCACGCCGGUUACAUCGUGCGCCCCCAAUCACCUGAGUACCUGCAGCACGUGGCGUUCCUGGACCGCGGGAUCCGGCAUACAGUCGAGAUGUUUGAGGAGUUGUUCAACCAUGACGGCAAAACCGCCUACCUCUACACCUCAGACCACGGCAUGAACGACUGGGGAGCACACGGUGACGGCUCCCCGGACGAAGUGCAGUGUCCGCUGCUUGUCUGGGGCGCUGGCAUCCAGAAGGCGGCACCGGAAACACGCUUAGACAUGUUCAAAGACACCAUCUCACAAGAUUGGGGCCUUGACAAGUGGUAUCGCAGGGACAUUGACCAGAGAAAGAUGGCAGGACUGCUAGCAUCAAUGAUCGGCGUACCAUUUCCCCAAAACGCCGUGAUGCCAGUGCCCGACGAGUUCCUGGACAUCCCGGACGAAUCCCGCGCGCACGUGCUGUACGCCAACCUCAAACAACUGCUCGACAACUUCGUCGCAGUGGAGCGGGACAUCUACCACGGCCUACUGGCCUUCAAGUUCCGGGCGUACGGGAAAGUGACAACAGAACUCAUUCCGUCCAUAAAGACCGACAUAGAGGCAUUUCUAGCAUCCAAGCAAUACCAGCAGGCAAUCUCAGUAACCAGAGAGAAAAUACAACUUGCUGUAGACGGACUGCGCCACUAUCAACACUAUAACACACAAACACUUAGGUUUGCGGUGGCGAUGAGUAUGAUUGGCUGGUCCAUAGUGCUGGUACUACACCUGCUGCAGGCCCAGAUGCAUUGGGAGGACAACGCGGCCCUUUCACCCCUCGCACAGAACACCAAAAACAUCCUCCUCCAGUGCGCUGCCGCAUUCGCUGUCUUUCAACUUAUAUUCUUGUAUUCUCAAACGACAAAGUGGACCCACGUGCUACAGUAUAUGAUUCCUCUACCCAUAUGGACGGCUGUAAUAAUCAAAUGGUAUGAAAUCGGUGACAUCAAGCCAAUAUUACGACAACAAAAAGAAAUGGCAGGAAUUUUCGCUGCGGCUUUAAUUACGGUUGUCAUGAUGGCGUAUGGGUUGUACUACAGAGGAAUUAUAUCCAUAUGCAUGUUUGGAUUUGUGGCGUGGCUGUUCAAGGGCAAGGCCAAUAAACUGGACCAGGACUUGAUGGUCAAGUGGACGGCGUGUAUAACAGUCAUGAUCCUGUUGGUGGCCCGGCCCGUGGGCACCAGGGAUCUCAACUACGAACUUGUGCUCUUUGGUGCAGUCCUAGUCGUAUCAACAGCUUCAAUUUUAUAUUGGAAAAUUCCAGACUUUACAGUGAAGGCGAGGCGGUUAAAGUUUCUGUCAUCGAAGUUCGUAAUAUUUCAGAUAUGUGUGAUGGUGCUGUCGACGUUUAUCCUUUACUACACCGCCUAUCUCUCCAACCUCAACAUACGGACACCACUCCUCAACCAGGCCACAAGCUGGACUAUAUUCGUUGUUUCCCUCGUGGAGCCGGUUUUUGUCAACACGGAUGUCCAAAGCCGGUUGAUUGCAGUGGCCUUUGCCAUGGUCUCACCAUACAUACUUCUCAGCAUUGGGUGGGAGACGCUGUAUUACUUCUUCGUGUUGUGGAGCGGGUACCUGUUAAUCGAAGUAGAGCGGAACCUGACCAAAUCCCAGCCCAUCUUCCUUCCCCGGUCCUCCUCUGCCCCACCCGCCAACAGGGUGUCCAGCAAGGGUGGGGCUGCGGGUGCGAAACAAGGCCUCAAUGGGCAGUCGUUUGUAAAGCACCACAAGCACACGCGCUCUAAUGACAUACUCAUCAUGGAGCCUACCGUCACUGAGUGGGCGAGCCUUAACUUCAGCCCAGACGAAGGGGGCACGGAGAUGCAGUCGAAGCGCGUGAUCACCACGGGAGACGUCCGCAGGCAGCUCUUCUUCUUUGUAUUUGGUGUAGCCACGUUGUUCGGAACCGGCAACGUGUGCAGUAUAGCUAGUUUUGACUGCCAAGAUGUGUUCUGCUUCAUAUCUCUACAGAAUCCUCCAAAGAUGGGUCCCCUUAUGGUAUUCAAGUUGAUAAUACCGGGAAUAACAAUGGGCUGUUUUCUGCGAGUGGUCAAUAUGGUCACUUUUACCUCCAUUAAAAACUGCAGCGUUAUCCUCAUGCUCAUCAUAAAUGCAUUCGUAUUUGUGAACUUCCUGUGGUUGACGGACGUGGGAGGAUGGACACUUGUGGGGGAGAGUGUGAGCCAUUAUGUGGUAACGCAGUGCCUUGGCGCCUUCUUCUGCCUUCAGUUCGGGAUCUCAUAUAUUUUCACCUCCGUUAAGGUCUGACAGGUGACCUGUAUAAUACCAACCGUACGUUCCUUCAAUCGGAACUCACAUUUAAGAAUCAACAAUCCGGACCAAUCCGGAAAUUUCCGCGAAGUUGUGAUUGUCGCACAUUGCCUUAAGAGGAAUUGCUUGUGGCAGACUGUUCAUGGACAUGUUAUGACAGUUAAUGAUUUUGUUUGUUAUACACAGUGCUCAAACUAUGUAAUUUAUUCAAUUGUGUUAUGUCUGUUUUUAGAGGUGGUACCGUUCAAACGAUUUUUGUUUGCUAACGUGCUAGCCCUGUGUCCAUGUUUUCUUAACAGUCUCAAGUCUAAGCUCAUACUCAAGAUUCCAUACUCUAAAUUUGUAAAUUUCUUCCUAGCUAAGCAUUGAUGAUGUUAACUGAACGGUGCAUCGUCAUUUACACAUAAAUUAUGUAAAAACAUUUAAUAUGGAUUAUUUUGUGUCCUUUAAAAUAUUGCUUUUCUGAGUCUGAGUCAGACUUGUGGCUGUUUGUAAACAUGUGCCCUUCCAGGUACUCGAUAACGUUUGGCUCUAAUACACUGAUUAUAUGUUAUGGGGGCGUGUUAAAUGAAAGGUGGAUAUUUAGGGCCUUCAUUCAUAUUUGUUUGUGUACUUUUGUAUGAUUUGUGCAUUCCCUUCCUAACCAAAUAACAUAGUUUUAAUAUCCUAACAUUUAUAUCAAAGCACUUUAACUCAUUUAGCACAUUAACUCUUGAAUAGUGGAACUACUUUUCGCACACUGGCUUUUGCCAAACUCAAAGCGCCCGGAUAGUAUUUAUGUUGCCUUUAACGCUUUUAUACACUGGGACCAUCUUGUUAAAGAGCGUAUCGUAAGAACGAUUGUUUGAAUUUUAUUCUUAGUUGUAAUGAGAUAUAUUUGAACAAAAAAUCGUUUGGCUGGAAAGGUUUCUUUUUAUAAUUAAUAUAGGUUGGAGUUUUGUAGAUUUACAGAAAAUGGAGCGAGCGCAGCGAGGCUGCAGGUCGAUAAAGCUCGCAAUAUUUUCUGUAGAACGCCAAACUUAUCUGGUGUUCGCACUUAUUUAACUCAUUAGCUCCGCCCUCUAGGUAGUCACGUGGUAUUUUGGCGCGAAAGUUAAAUAAUAAGUGUAUAAUGCGAUGGUAAAUUGUCGCGGCUUUAUUAAUAUUUCAUAAUAGCAAAUAAACUCAAAUUAUGUGUUGAACAAAAUUUGGAUGUAACAGCGAACUAUGGAAAAUAGACGACUGUAAAGACAAAAAAAAUUCUACGAAAAUAAAUUGGUAUUCACCGCCAUAACUGCUCUUCCUAAUAUGAAGCUAAAGUAUGAAGGGUAAUUCCUCGAUUGUCAUUGGCCCACAAAUAUGUGCGAACACCAAGUUUCUUUGAUUAUGCAAGUUUAAAUUUUUAUUAAAUGAUGGAUACACGCUCGGUAUUCAACCCAUUUUCCGGAUGAUACCAGUUGUUGCCAUACACUCGUUGUUAAGACAGUCCAAGUUUCUCGGUUAAUGGUUCAACUAUUUUUGUUAUACAUUUGUAAGCGGAGGAAAGGGGAAAAUGUCGUUGUACUGUUUAUUAUAAAUCCAUGGGUAUUCCAUUUCAAACAUACAUCUUGCUCGAUAAAGCCCUGUAUGAAUCUUUAUUUCACACAGUAAACCUCCGUCCAUUUGUAUAUGACUUCACUUUUGAGUAAAAACAUUCCUAACCCUGUUUAUUUUAUUAUGACUACAUGACUGCAUGAUGAAAUUGUAUAUAUCCCAAUAUGCGAAACUGAUGAGUCAUUGAUAUUAUCAAAUCUAUUUGUCUUAGUUUUGUAUUUAAAAUAAUAAACUUUUUAUAAUGAA